GGCUCCCGCAGUCCCCGCCGCAGCGCCGGCGCCGGAGCCUCCGCCGCGGGAUCGCGCCCCGCGCCCCCGCCCCGCCCCGCGCCCCCGCCCCGCCGUGCCCCGGCCCGGCCCGGCCCGGCCCGCCCCGCCGCAGGAUGUCGGUACCGGAGCCCGCCGGCGGCGAGGAGGCGAAGCAGGCCAAGGAGGCGGAGGACGCCGAGAAGUACUCCUUCAUGGCCACCGUCACCAAGGCGCCCAAGAAGCAAAUCCAGUUUGCAGAUGACAUGCAGGAGUUCACCAAGUUCCCGACCAAGACUGGCCGCCGGUCCCUGUCCCGCUCCAUCUCGCAGUCUUCCACAGACAGCUACAGCUCUGCUGCCUCCUACACAGACAGCUCUGAUGAUGAGGUGUCCCCCCGUGAGAAGCAGCAAACCAACUCCAAAGGCAGCAGCAAUUUCUGUGUGAAGAACAUCAAGCAGGCAGAGUUUGGACGCCGGGAGAUUGAGAUCGCCGAGCAGGACAUGUCUGCCCUGAUUUCACUCAGGAAGCGAGCUCAAGGGGAGAAGCCUUUGGCUGGAGCUAAAAUUGUAGGCUGUACACACAUUACAGCACAGACUGCGGUGCUGAUCGAGACGCUGUGUGCGCUGGGAGCGCAGUGCCGCUGGUCUGCCUGUAACAUCUACUCCACCCAGAACGAGGUGGCGGCCGCCUUGGCGGAAGCAGGUGUUGCUGUGUUUGCCUGGAAAGGGGAGUCAGAGGAUGACUUCUGGUGGUGCAUUGACCGCUGUGUUAACGUAGAAGGCUGGCAGGCCAACAUGAUUCUGGAUGAUGGUGGGGACCUGACCCAUUGGGUUUAUAAGAAGUAUCCCAACAUAUUCAAGAAGAUUCGAGGGAUUGUGGAGGAGAGUGUGACUGGUGUGCACAGGCUGUACCAGCUCUCCAAGGCCGGGAAGCUCUGUGUCCCAGCCAUGAACGUGAAUGACUCUGUCACCAAACAGAAAUUCGACAACCUGUAUUGCUGCCGGGAAUCCAUCCUGGAUGGCCUGAAGAGGACCACAGAUGUGAUGUUUGGAGGAAAGCAAGUGGUGGUUUGUGGCUAUGGGGAGGUCGGCAAGGGAUGCUGUGCUGCUCUGAAAGCCCUGGGAGCGAUAGUCUACGUGACAGAGAUCGACCCCAUCUGUGCUCUCCAGGCCUGCAUGGAUGGGUUUCGUGUGGUGAAGCUGAGUGAAGUAAUCCGUCAGGUUGACGUCGUCAUCACCUGCACAGGAAACAAGAAUGUUGUGACCAGAGAACACCUGGAUCGGAUGAAAAACAGCUGCAUUGUGUGCAACAUGGGCCACUCCAACACGGAAAUCGAUGUGACCAGCCUCCGGACCCCCGAGCUGACCUGGGAGCGGGUCCGCUCCCAAGUGGACCACGUCAUCUGGCCGGACGGGAAGCGGGUGGUGCUGCUGGCCGAGGGCCGUCUUCUCAACCUGAGCUGCUCCACGGUUCCCACCUUUGUCCUCUCCAUCACAGCCACCACUCAGGCUCUGGCUCUGAUUGAGCUUUACAAUGCUCCCGAGGGCCGCUACAAGCAGGACGUGUACCUGCUGCCGAAGAAGAUGGACGAGUACGUUGCCAGCUUGCACCUGCCUUCAUUCGAUGCCCACCUGACGGAACUGACGGAUGAUCAGGCAAAAUACCUGGGACUCAACAAAAACGGGCCUUUCAAACCCAACUACUACAGAUACUGAUGGACCAUACCUAUGAAGGACCAGACCACACAAGGCAACAUUAGAGAGAUUAUUUUUAAAAAUCAUUUUAUUUUGGCCUACUUUUUUUUUUUAAACCAACAAAGAAACCUGUUUUUACAUUUAUCAGUGUGAUUUUAAGGUCACCUUUUUUUUUUUUUCCUCCUGAGUUUCACCCUUUUAUGUGAUCACAUCUCUGUCUGAUCUUGGCAGACAACCUGGGAUUUGCUUCCUGCUUUGAUGUGGCUGAAGCCACUGGUGGCUCCCAGCCCUGGUUCCCUUUCCUGGUGUGCGAAGGGCAAUUAAUUCCUGCAGUGGUGUUUUUUUGACCUUUCCAGCCCAUGUUAGUCUUGUCCAGGAUAUCUGCAGAUAUGGAGAUGCUGUUCUACCUUAUCUUACAUUUUCUUUCUUUGUGUGGAUUAUCUGCAACUUCUAAAUUGCCUUAAAGAGCCCAGUUUUAGCUGCUAGACCUAUGCUCCUAGCUCUGCUUGGGAGCAGAGUGGCGCCUGCUGGCCACCUCGUGAAUAGGUGACUGUCCCCACCCGGCCAGGGUCCCUGUGCGGAGGUGGCCGCUGGCCUGGGUUUGGCUGGCUGGGUACGGGGGAGUUCACUGUUCCAGGGUGCUAAUCUGAAUUUGGACGGGGGUCACUCACCCAGCAUUAUCCUCAUCUCUUCUAGUGUUUUUUUUUUUUUUUAGCCAAACUGCACCUUAAUUGAGUUUAAAACUUUUUUUUUCCUCUUUUUCCUUUUUGAUUCUUAAAAAGAUGUUUUAAAGAGGGGAAAAGCACUGGGGAUGCGUCUGGCUGCAGAGUUUGGGCACUUGCUGCAUCAGAGCGGCCCCAUCUCCCAGCAAGCAGUGUGGGUGGUUUUUAAGGGUGUCUGGGUUUUUCUGGGGGGCAUUUCACUUUUGUUUCAAGAUGAAUGCAGAGAUGAACCUUCCCCCUGUCCCAGCCUGGGCUCUCUGCACCCUGGACCCCUGCACAAAGCCCUGGGCUCCCCUUUGCUGCCCCAUCCCUCGAGCUGGGCUUUCUCAGCUGCCUCCCCUGCCCUCUCAUAGUGUUUCAGCUGCUCUCAUUGCCUCGUUCUUUCCUUCCCCAUCCUUGCCAGUGACAAAUAUUUCUCUUUUCCAUCUCUUGCAGCUAGCCCCAGGACAGGGAAAAGUCCUUGCAACCCAGUGAGGUUUCUCUUAGCUUUUUUUCCUUCCCCAAUGCCUCUUUCUUCACCUGGCAAAGGCCAGAGCACAGCGGGAAGGACCCUAGCUCUGGGUUCACUUGUUCCCCUGCUGCCUGUGCAGCCUGCAUCGCCCGGUACACAGAUAGAUGCUGUGGUACCCACGAGAGGGCUGCUCUGGCCGUCCCCUCCCCAGGGACAGGGGAUGCUGUUUUAGUGCUGGGUCGUGGGCGCUGCUCAUUGUGGAGGGUGUAACGCUCCUUUUCUCUUGGUGGGGACUGGAGGGUGUUUUAAGCGUGGAUGGUGUGGCUUUGAUCACCCUCUUGUCCCCACCUUCUCCUUUGAUUAUCCCUCUGCUGGGCCGCGCUUGCCCGGCAGGUGUGUGUGGAGCCCUCUGCUGUCCCUCGGACUUCACAGGGGACUUGGGCUUGGGUCUCUGGGGGCCUGGGCUGGGCCCCCUGCCCUGGGAGCACAGCAUCCCCCUCUGUGCCAUCCCUCGAGCCCGGGCGUCGGGGCUCCAGCUCUGUAUAAGCCAUGUUGUGCGGGGCAGCCGGGGCGGCGGUGGCAGCGUCGGGCUGGGAGGGAGAGGUUUAUUUUGUAUAUGAAUGAUUUUUAAUGAAUGCAAUAUUAAUCCUUGCAGAUGAGCAAUAAAUCAUUAAAGUCUAAUUAAACUAUUAGG